AUGGUCACUCCAAACCUUGAUUCGGCCUCAGGAGCCGGCCAAUACCAAGAUCAUCCAGACGCACCCCUGCCGAUCCGAGUGGAGCAGUCGGCAUCGAACUCGAUAUCGAUAUCGGAGCAGAGAUCGUCUUCAACGCAAACGCAAUUUCAAGACGAGGAUGAACACGAUUACAACUGUGAAAGCGGUAGUGAAGCCGACACACGGCCAGCAUUGGCACAAUCAGAACCCCGUCCGAUCGAGGACGAUGAAGAUGACGAGGCUGUCGCUAUUGCGGCUUCAAGACCCCGCCAUGCAUGGCAGGUCUGGUGGCUGCGCAAUAAGGGUAUGGGCCUUGUCCUGCUAGCGCAGGCUUUUGCCGCCUCGAUGAAUGUCAUGACGCAGGUUUUGGAGAUCCAUAGUGCUAUGCAUCCUUUCCAGAUCCUCUUCGCCCGCAUGUCCGUAACAGCAGUCGCAAGCUACCUAUAUAUGUUCCUCGCCUCAACCCCCUCCCCACUCGGCACACGACCAGUCCGCGGUCUCCUCCUUCUCCGCGCCCUCUUCGGUUUCAUGGGUGUCUACGGCCUCUACUACUCCGUCCAAUAUCUCCCCCUCUCCGAGGCAACAGUUAUAACUUUCCUCUCACCAAUCAUCUCCUGCUACGCCUGCUCCCUCCUCAUCCCCGGCGAGACCUUCUCCCGGAAACAGCUAUUCGCCGGUCUGAUCUCUCUCGGCGGAGUCGUCCUCAUCGCUCGUCCAUUCAGCAAGCGUGACCCGAACACUGCGAUCGCAACCCCAACCGCCGCUGCCGCUUGGGCAUUGGAUUCCUACCACCAUGUCGUGGCGACGAUCGUCGCUUUGAUCGGUGUGGUCGGCGCCUCAGGUGCGUAUACUUCCAUCCGGAUGAUCGGUCGUCGUGCGCAUCCCCUUGUGUCUGUGACGUACUUCUCGUCCGUGACGACGGUUAUCUCGUUCGUGGCCAUGGUCACCUUGCCUUCGGUGCCGUUCCGCGUGCCUAAUACGGUGGUUGAGUGGACGUUGCUGACGGGAUUGGGUGUUUGUGGGUUCCUGUUGCAGUUUUUGUUGACGGCGGGUUUGUCGUAUGUCCCGCCUGCGUCUGUGUCGGAUGGGAAGCCGGUGGCGCAGGGGGGACGUGCGACGUCAAUGCUUUAUAUGCAGAUGCUCUUUGCGGUGUUUUAUGAUAAGGUUGUUUGGGGAAGUACGCUGAGUCCGGUUAGUUGGGUUGGAUCUGCGAUCAUUUUGGCCUGUGCGAUUUAUGUGGCUUUUUCGCAGGAGAGUCCUGUUCGGCGGGGGAGUGGAGUGGAGUAUCGUGAUGUGGAGGGAUACAAGGAUGUGAAUGAUGAGGAGAGAGUGGAGUCUGAGUAG